AUGCAAGCUUCUACGACCGUCCGCGCGCCCGCGUCUCCCGACGACUCGGCGCCUGACUCCCCUUCCAUCCUCCUCCACAACAUCUCGCCUGUGGCCCCCAGCUCUCGUAAGAGCGUGCGUCUGGCUUCCAGGGACCCAGGGUCGGUGCGCGCCUACCUCGCAGCGCGGGGUCGCUCCUUCAUCUCCAGACUCCUCUCCCUCGCCGGCUCCGUCUCCUCCCUCAACGACGCGGUCCGCCUGGACGCGGGGUGCCGCUCCGACCUGGCGUUCUGGUCUCGCCUGCUGAGCCGCUGGAAUGGCGUCUCCUUUUUCUACAGCGACGUCGUCCUAUCCUCGGACGACCUGCGGCUCUUCACGGACGCAGCCCCGCCGGAGACUCACAAACGACACAAUGCUGCAAACGUGGAUCCACAUGCCGGGGCAAGUGGGGGAAAGUUGGUCCCGAACGGUGCAGCGAGCCCCGGGGGAGAUAAGGCAGUCAAGCCGCUCCGCAAGAACUCUCUCACGGGAGACGCUGGGCAAGAGUUCAUCAUCGAGAACCGGUUUUUGUACUAUAUAUUCACGUUUGGGACUGAGCUGGGGAAUGAGUUGUUUUACAUUACGUUUUUCCCGUUUGUAAUGUGGAAUAUUGACGCGUUCGUGGCUCGGAGGAUCAUCCUGGUCUGGGUCUGGGUCAUGUACUUGGGCCAGUGCACCAAGGACCUUCUCGGCUGGUCCAGACCUGCCUCGCCGCCCGUGGUGAAGGUGGAAAUGUUUUACAACUCAGAGUACAGCAUGCCCUCCACGCACGCCAUGUCGGGCACUGCCAUCCCCUUCGCCCUGUUCUACAUGACGCACGCCCGCUGGGAGUACCCCUUUGCGGUGGGUCUGGCCGUGGCUCUGAGCUGGUGUGUCCUGGUCUGUGUGAGCCGCAUCUACAUGGGCAUGCACUCUCUCCUGGACGUCCUGGCCGGUGUGACCUACUCCUCCCUGAUCCUGCUGGUGUCUCUGCCCGCUCUGGACCAUGUGGACCUGUGGAUCCUGCACAGUCCCUGGUCCCCGGUGCUGGUCCUGGGUCUGCCGCUGGUCCUGGCCCUGCUUUGUUUCCAGCUGGACGCCUGGAGCACGUCUCGCGGGGACACGGCUCAGAUCCUGGGGACCGGGGCAGGUGUGGCUCUGGCGUCGCACGUGAACCUGCGCCUUGGCUGCAGCCGCGACCCGGCGCUGGCCGCACUCGCCACGGCGCCGCCGCUGACCCCCACCCUGCUGGCCGUUAUGGCGAUCAGGCUGGUGGUGGGCGUGGCCGUGCUGGUGGCCACGCGCGCCGUUAUGAAGGCGGUUACCCUGACGACGCUGUGCCGAGUGCUGCGGCUGGGAGGAGGCGGCGACAUGAGGCAGGCGCGGCAGCACAUGGAGGUGGAGCUGCCCUACAGGUACAUCGUCUAUGGGACUGUGGGCUUCAACGUGCUCUUCCUCGUACCUCUGUUCUUCAGCUACGCACAGCUCUGA